GGAGAAGCAGGGCGGCGGCGGCGGAGGAGCGAUGCCCCCCGGCCCCCGCCCCGCCCGCUCCCCCACACGACGCCCCGCCCCGCAGCGCCCCCUCCGGGCGCCCCCGGCCCGCCUUUGGCCAGCCCGCAGAAGAUGAAUGCCGGGCCCCAGGAAGCUCUGGUCUCCGUCUUCCUGCAGUUCAUCGAGGCGCGGGGCUGCUGGUGCUACGGGGCGCUGAGCCAGACCUGCCACCCCCAGGAGCUGCGGCUGCGGAGCGACAUGAACCUGCUCUACCGGAAGAGCGGCAAGGUGGACUGGAAGCCGGGCAAGGACGAGGAGCCCAAGCGGGGUUCGGGCAAGGAGACGAGCGUGGGGAAAGUGCGCGACGUGGCCUCCUUCCGCCGGCAUUUCAGGAUGGGCUUCAUGACCAUGCCAGCCUCCCAGGAGCAUGCCCCACACCCUUGUGCCAGCAGCAUGGCGCCCCGCUCCCUCUCCUGCCACUCGGUGGGCAGCGUGGACAGCGGCCCCGCGGAUGGGGCGGUGGGAUCUCGCAAGCCACCCGCCAAGCCCAAGCGGCACCCCAGCACCAAGCUCAGCACGGAGGCCAGGAGCGCCCUGGAGCUGAUGGGAAGCAAGAAAGGAGGGUGCCCGAAGGCUGGUGGGGUGGAGAGCCGAGAGGCCGCCCGCAAGGUGCCUCCGCAGAAGCCCAAACGCAGCCCCAACACGCAUCUCUCCGUGUCCUUUGACGAGACUUACUCCGGGCGCCUUCCGGGCCCCGUUGCGGGGGGCGCUCUGCAGCGCUACGGCCGUGCUGCGUCCCACGGCCAGGCCAAGGGCUCCGACGUCGAGGAGGACGAGCCGGUCUACAUCGAGAUGGUGGGGGACAUUUUCCGGGGACCCGGGCCCCCUUCCCAAGGAGUCACCGCUGCGGACGACGACUCGGACGAGAGCGAAGCCAUUUACGAAGAAAUGAAGUACCCGCUGCCUGAGGAAGGGGGGGAACCCCGCCCCAACGGAGCCCUCGCCUCCCCCGGGCAUCGGCCACCCAAGAAGGAGGCCGCCAAGGCAGCGCCAAGCAGCAAGACCUCCCCGUGCGAGAUCCCACCCCCCUUCCCCAACCUUUUGCAGCAUCGGGCCCCCCUGCUGGCCUUCCCCCAGGGCAAGAAGGGGUACAAAGGUCCCGACGGCUCCAAGCUGCCCAUCCUGUGCCAUGCCAAGGACACCCCCUCGGCCCCCAUGACCCCCCAGGUGCCCAGCCACCACCAGCAGCGGGGGGGCGAGAACCCAGCCCUGGCGCCUUCCGGACGGGCUCGCAGCCACUCCACGCCGCUGCCUCCCCAGCCGGCCGGCCAGAGCAAGCCGGACAAGGAUCUGCCCGUGUCUCACAGCAUGAUCUGCCCCUCUGCAAAGCCGCCCCCCACCCCGGCCCUGCCAGCAGCCUCUGCCCCCUCCGGGCUGCCAGGGAAAGACAAGCCGGCCGUCUCCUACACAAUGGUCUACUCGGCGGUCAAGGUCACGACCCACACGGCGCCCUCCGAGCAAAAGGCCGAGGAGAUCUCGGUGCUGCAGGGCCUGCUGUGCACCCGGCCGUCCCCCGUGCCCGCUUGCAGGCAGGUGCAGCGCAUUUGCACGCUGCCCGAGCCGCCCCCUCUGGGCAUGGUCUGGACUUACCCGGCUCCUUGCGCGGGGCUGAAGCGCCCCCCGGCCUACGAGAGCAUCAAGAGCAUGGGCACCAAGGCCUCUUCGGCCGUGAAAAUCCAGCUGCGGGACCGGGCCUUCGCCAGCAUCCACCAGGUGGUGGCCGGGGAGGAGUGCGGCCGGCCAGGCGGGGAGGAAGAAGCCUUUGGCUGGAUGCUGCACAGGAGGGCCGGCCUCCGGAAGGGGAAGGAGCCUGACAAGCUCCCAGACUGCCCCCAGACAUGGGAGGGCAGCGAAACCGCUCAGCCCAAACUGGAGAAGGAGGAGAAAGUUGUGCCCAGCCACCCGCAGUCUGGCAUCCCGGUCCGUGCGCCCCCCCUGGAGUGCCUGGCUGCCAAGAUGCCCGGCGGCAGGACCAACCUGCCCAUCCCCUGCCAGACCUUCCCUGCCUGUCACCGCAACGGAGAUUUCACUGGCGGUUACCUCCUGGGCCGCUCGGCCUCCACCUCGGGCGUCCGACAGGCUGUGACCCACACGCAGAGGCUGUGCAGCCACUCCAGGGACCCAGGCAGCCCGGCCUUGCCCUACGCCCCGCUUCCCCCGCCGGAGGCACUGCAGAGCUCGCGGGAGAGGGACGGGAAGCUGCUGGAGGUGAUUGAGCGCAAGCGAUGCGUCUGCAAGGAGAUCAAAGCGCGGCACCGGCCCGAGCGCAGCCUCUGCAAGCAGGAGAGCAUGCCCAUCCUGCCCAGCUGGCGGAGGAGCACGGAGAGCCGCAAGUCUGGCACGCCGCCCUGCCGCCGCCAGCAGACGGUGCUCUGGGACACGGCCAUCUGAGCGGGCAGGGGCUGAGCCCCGAGAACUGGUGCCUUGUGCCGGCCGAGCCCAACUGGUGGCAGGGCUGACUGCUGGCAGUGUGUCUCCCACUGGGGACCCUCCGGAGACUGGGGGGCUGCCCCUCCCGCACGGCGGCUGGAAGGAUGCCGGGCGGACACGUUUCUUUCAUGGCAGGGUGAGAAGAAGCUCCACGCCAGGGGGCACCUGGGCAUCAGAGGCCGGGCACACCGGAAGCACCACUGCCCGCAGCAUUGGUGCCGAGCGACCGGUUCCGCAGGACCAUCUCUGACCGGUCUCAGGGGGCGGGGCAGGGGGUGGGGGUGGGGCUAAGGAGUCCUUCCUCUUCUGGGCCAAAAGCUGCUGGAGUGCAGGGGGUCCAGUGCACCCACCCACCCACCCCCGGUUUUUCUUCCACCCCUGAAAAUGCCCGUGGGAAAAGACGGGUGUGCCAAUUUUGGAGGUGCCCCCCACUGUCCCCCCGUUCAAGGCCUGCAAAUCCUUCCAUUUUUAAAGACGUGCGGAUCUCAAGAUUUGUGGCGCCGAGUUCUUGUUCUGCCAGAACUCGGAAAGAGAGAGAGAGAAAAACAGAGAGAGAGAGAGAAAGAGAAACUGUGGAUGAGAGUGGAGGAAUCAUUCCUGAGUCACGAAGUUCUCGACGUAUGACCACAAUUGAACCCAAAAUUUCCAUUGCUAAGCAAGACGGUUGUUAAGUUAAUUUUGCCUCAGUUUACGACCUUUCUUGGCACUGUCGUUAAGGGAAUCAAUGCAGUUGAUAAGUUACUCAUUUGGUUGUUAAGUGAAUCAGGCUUCCCCAUGGACUUUGCUUGUCAGAAGGUCGCAAAAGGGGAUCAGAUGACCCCGUCAUAAAUAGGAGUCAGUUUGCCAAGUGUCCGAAUUUUAACCGUGUGACCGUGGGGAAUUCUGCAACAGUCGUAAAAAAUGGCCCCCGAGUCACGUGUUUUUCAGUGCUGUUGCAACUUGGUGUGCGGUCAGUAAACAGACCGUUGUAACUCGA